AUGCGCAGGUAUCCUCUUACCAGCCUUCUGUCUCGCAUGUCUACGUGCUGCAAGGGCUCGUGGAUACUAUGGGAAGACAGGAUCCGUUCUUGCUCCUACUCCAUCGUGUGCUCACCAUCAAGCAUUCGCAGAGAUAAAAUCCGACCUCUCAGGCUCGCCGUGAGUUGGCAGCUUCCGCGUCAUAUGCAUGAUCAAGUCUUGACCUUCGCACAAGAGGAGGAGGAGGAGCGUGUAAGGGAGAUCAAAGAGCAGCUGGCAUCCGGGGAAGCGAGCAAGCAAGAUCUCGGCAUCCGCGAACUGAUCUCUGUGCUACAACCAGACAGCAUGGAAGGGAUCCGGCCGCUGCAGCUGCAAGACCUCGACGAGGAAACGCGUGAGCUGCAUGAGAGAGCAAAGGGGAUCUGGGAGGAAGCUUUCAAAGAAGAUGUGAUGGAGGGGGAGGCGGACGAGCAGCCAGGGGAUGCCGAAGACGAGCAGAUCAUAGAGAACAUGAAGUACGGGGAUGUGAAUUUCGAGACUGCUGCCGAGCUUGUCCGCGCGCUGCGCGUGCUUGAAGCUCUGCCGAGACAGGGAGGAACGCUGAUGGACUUGACGUCAGGGAGCGGCGAGCUCACCCUAGCGACGUGCCUUCUUCACCCCUUCGAUCUGGUGAUAGGAAUCGAUGAAAACACCAUGAAAGUUGAGGAGAGCAGGAAGCGAUUGGAAAUCCUGCAGAAGUCGAUGGAGAGCAACCAAGUACGCAUCCUCGGGUUGCAAGCUUCUGUCUGUGAAUGUGCUGCACAGGUGCAGGAGGUGGCAGACAAUUUUAGCUGGGAGGUGAGCCUUGAAGAAGCAUCGAGCCUGGACGUCACCUGGGAAGAAGCGAGCCAUAUCUUCAUCGAUCUCCUCGGCAAGAGCGAGGAGGAGGUGAAGGAGCUGAGCGAGGUUGCCAUGGAGCUGAAGCAAGGGACCGUGUUGGUCUCCUUGCACCGACGUCUUCCUUCUCCCGGCCUCCACCUCCUCGACUUCCGCCUUAUUCCGCACAUCUGGGGGGACCUGCCAUGCUUCAUCAUGCAGCGGAGGGAGGACGACCGGAACCACUUGCUGCCUGCGUCGCCCAUCUCCAUCCUCCAGUCCUCGAUCGACGCGAAGUUCGAUGUGUGGAGAAGCUCAGGAGUGGUCGAUCAGCUGCAGCGGAUGGUGCAGGAGGAGCAAACUUCAGCUCAGCUACGGCGAAUGGCCGUCAUGGCUCUGUCCUACUUGGCACACAGUGAGGAGGGGCUGGAGGGUACCAACAUCGCCAACUCUGCCGCAGCCCUGAUGCUCAUCCGAGCGCUAAGCCGGCACCCGUGCAGCGCCGUGAGAGUGCUAGAGCUCGCUUCCCUCUCAUCGUUUGUACGCGCCAUGCUUGACUCUCCUAACCUCGCCAUCGCUGCUGCCGCCGCUGAUGCCAUCGGGCUGUGGUGUGCGAUCCCUCAGAUCCGGGAGCAGCAUCUCAACGCAGAGGAGGGAAUGCGGCUGACGUAG